AUGCCCAGAUCUGAUUCCCAUCCCCGAUCUCUGCUAAAAAUUGAGAAUACCUCUCUUCCAUCCUUCUGGUUACAAAGACUACUUCCUCUGACGUUAAGUGUAAUGCUUAUUGGAUGUUGGAAUGUUCGAGGGGCAGGUAGCAGGAAAUCACUGCUGGAUAUGCAAGAUUUUAAAAAAGGCAAUAAGCUGGAUAUUAUGGUGAUUUGUGAACCACGAAUUAGUUCUGAUAGAGCUCGAAAGGUAAUCUCUCAACUGGGAUUCUCCAAUGCUGAAGUUUCUGAUGCUGUAGGAUUUUCUGGUGGAAUUUGGGUUUUAUGGGAUGAGCAUAAAUGCAAUAUCAAGGUGAUAAAGUGUCUAGACCAAUCUGUGACUAUAUUUAUUGAAAAUAGAGAGGGGUCCGCCUGGCUAUUCACUGCAGUAUAUGGAAAUCCUUGUCCAUCUAGAAGGGUGAAUCUAUGGAAUGCUCUUGACACUAUUGCUAGUGCGUGGAAGCUGCCCUGGCUACUAGCUGGUGACUUCAAUGACAUUCUCUAUGCGCAAGAAAAAUAUGGCACUACUUUGGGCAGGAGCAAGGGUUUUAAAGAUUGGUUUGAUAAUCAAGGCAUGAUUGACUUGGGUUUUAUUGGCCCAAGAUUCACUUAG